UCGUGCAGCGCAAGCUGUAUUUUUUUUUUAUUUUUUUUAUCGGCUUAAAGAGCUCGGGGGAAGCAAAAACAUUCACUAAACCGGGCAACAUAAGUGCUCUCGAAUGCGACUGUUAUUAAAAAAAAUAAAUAAAAAAGCGUCAGACCGGGUUGUUCAUAUUCUCGCAAAUGAUUUUUGGCAUCUGCCGAGGAUUAAUGUGCAACGGGAAGAGCGUAGCAAACUAACCGAAAAAGCAACUGUCCCAUCUGAAAACAUUACCUCGCUGCAAGCAUGGAACCCGGCAGUCUGCAGUCUCCUCCCCUGGUUCGCGCUAAUCCCGCCAGGAUCGCCGUCACCCACCGUCAGUGCUCUCUUCGCUGAACCAGCAAAGGGGGAACCAUGCUGUCUGGGACGUGGCGGCGCUCCGCAGGGCACCAGCAGCCCGCCGGGGCGCCCGUGGCGAACGGCAGGGGGGUGACUGUGUGCGGCGUCCCCAGCGGCACGGUGGUCCUCGAGGCCCAAUAUGAUUACAACUACCGCGGUGCUGAUGGACGGCAGGUUUGCAUUCGGGAAGGCGAACGGUUCAUACUCCUAAAGAAGACCAACGCUGACUGGUGGCAGGUGCGCAGGAUAGGGGCUGCGAGUAAAACGAAGCCGCUGUACGUGCCCGCCACGUACGUGACGGAGGUUCCCGUCUCGCCCAUGCCUUUGCCCCAGCGCUUCAUCAUCUCGGCCUCGCUCAGCUCCAACGUCAGCAUCCUGCCCCGAGUGGCGCUCACUCCGAGCGCCACGGAGGUCGCCUAUCAAGAUCAGCGUCAAGCGAGUAAACCCAUCUACCGCUCCAUGGAGAACCUCAGCUCCAACAGUGCCUUCAGAGGCCCCCUCGCGGUCCCCGGGGACGCCGCCGUCUCGCAGACGACGUCGUACAAUGCCAGGGUGGUCCCCAUGAUCACUCGCAGCCAGAGCCAGAGCAACCUGACGGAAAACGAGAACCCUUACGACGAAGUGGGCGGAAGCUUCAGCGGCCACGUGAACUGCACGCUCCCGAAGAAGUCUUGCAGUCAGUGGGACAUGCUGCGUUCUACUGACAAGAACAACCACCUGCAGGUCCCGACAGAGUCCUAUCUGUCCCAGCUGUCCUGGCAGGAGUCGCCCCUCUACUGUCACCCGCAGGUGGACAGGCGCCCUUCGCAGGCGGAGCCCCCCGAUCCGGCCCCGGGCCAGCGGCCGCUCCAGGUCAUGGACAUGUGGGAACAGUACGUGGACCCGUCUUCUCUGAGAAGCUAUUACGUCAACAGGAUCACCAAGGAGAGCUCCUGGAAACCUCCUCGGAGAGCCCGCGGAGGCUCCGGUGCCAACAAGCAGGUCAUUGUGGCGCAAACCAAAACGUUACCAAGAGAAAAAAGCCAUCUGACGCUGCCGCUUCCUUCCGCAGCCAAUGGUACCAUGCACAGGCUCUCACCUGAUUUCCUGUUUGGGAGCCACCAGAGGAGCACAGACGGCAGCUGGCGGAUGAAACAGAGCAUGCACCGCGCCGCAUCCUCCGAUACAAUUUGCACGAUGGCGCUCGGAAACAACAACCCCCCGUGUCACGACGCUGCCCCGCAUGACGCCAAGCAACUCCUUUCACACUCACAGUCCAUGAUCCUGCCCGAGAACGGCAAGCUGGCCCGGCAGUGCCACGACUACUCGUGCAACGUGACCAACAUUGUCGUGGAGCCGCCUUCUCCCGAGAGCUCUCCGGACGGCAGUGGCGACACUCCGGAACUGGAGAAAGCUGGACUCUUGAACAAGACCAAGAUCGCAGAAGGAGGUCGGAAACUCAGGAAAAACUGGAGUCCAUCCUGGGUGGUGUUGGUCGGGAACAGCUUGGUUUUCUUUAAAGAUCCAAAAUCGCAGACGCCUUCAAGCUGGAAACCAGGAAACAGUCGCCCCGAGAGCAGCGUUGACCUAAGAGGAGCCAAACUGCACUGGGCCAAUGAGCUCUCCAGCAAGAAGAAUGUCUUCAAGCUGAGGACGGUGACGGGCAACGAGUUCCUGCUGCAGUCGGAGACGGACUCUCUGAUCAAGGAGUGGUACCACACCAUCCAGAACGUCAUCGACAGGCUGGACCGCGAGAACCCGUUAGACAACGUACUACUUUACUCCCUGAGGAGGGCGGGCAGCGUGGAAAUGCUGGACCACAGCGGCGACGAGGACGACAGAAGAACGUCUCUCCCUCGCUCGGCGUCCAAUCUGGAGAAUACGGAGAAGAAAAGAGUCAAAACCCGGCUGAAGAAGCUGAUUCUGAAGAGGCCUCCUCUGCAGGCCCUGCAGGAGAAGGGCCUUAUUAAAGAUCAGGUGUUCGGCUGUCGGCUGGAGAUGCUGUGCGAGCGGGAGAAGAGCACGGUGCCUCGCUUCGUCAGGCUCUGCGCCGAGACCGUGGAGAAGAGAGGACUGGACACUGACGGCAUCUACAGGGUUUCCGGGAACCUGGCGGUCAUUCAGAAACUACGCUACCUGGUCAACCACGAGCGAGCGGUGACCACCGACGGCCGUUACAUGUUCCCAGCCGAGUUGGUGCAAGAGGAGAAGCUCAACUUGGACGGGAGCGAGUGGGAGGACAUCCACGUCAUCACGGGAGCCUUGAAACUCUUCUUCCGGGAGCUCCCCGAGCCGCUGGUGCCGUACGGCUUCUUCAGCGACGUGGUUGACACCGUCAAGCUGCCGGACUACGCGGACAAAGUGGAGCGUCUGGCGAGCGUCGUGAGCGGCAUGCCUCAGCCCAACCGCGACACGUUGCAGUUCAUCUGCCGCCACCUCAAACGCGUUUUGGAGCACUCGGACGCCAACCGUAUGACGACCCAGAACAUCGGCAUCGUAUUCGGGCCCACGCUGCUGCGGCCCGAGGUGGACAACGGCAACAUGGCGGUGAACAUGGUCUUCCAGAACCAGGCGGUGGAGCUCAUCCUCAACGAGUACGAGCGGGUCUUCGGGAGGAGGGCCGCCGCCGCCGCCGCCGUCGCCUCCUCGUGAUCCUCCCACGCGGACGGCGUACGAAUGGAUCGCUCUUUUUUUCAUUUUAAUUUUUUUUUUCCUUCCACAUUCGCAAAGAUAACCAGGGCAAGACAUGUGGCCGCCAUACAAACGUUGGAAGCGUUAGAUAGUCAAGCGAGCCUGUUUUUAGCUGCCAUACUUUUUUUUUUUUCGCCUUUCGACUGCAGAUGUGUGGAGCCCAGCUGUCACUUCUCCCUUGAUAUUCUCGGCGACUGAAGCCAAGCCAAUGAUAAAUGGUCCCCAGGCUCCGCGCCCCGCUCCCAGACCACCGUUCCCGUUCCUCUCUUGAUGCCACGAAGAGACGUCGACUUAAGAGGACAGAAAACCCUUCCCGAUGUGAAACACGUGCGGCCCCCGACACCUCCGCGCAUCGCUGUGACGCUCCCGGGGCGACGGCGGACGUAACUUUCUUCUCCCGACUUGAAUUUCGAAUUGAAUUUGAUUAUUUUGACCCCGUGAAUUCGUUCAUCACAGUCACGUAAAACCGUCGACGAGUAUUCAGCCGAUGUUUUAGGUAACAUUUGAACAUUCUUGAGUCAAGUCAAACGCUGCACUGCAGUCCGUGUCAAACGUUUGACUUGACUUAGCUGUCAAAGUCUCACCUUGAAGAUCAGUAUUAGAAUAAGAUAGCGUCCAUAAAAGUCAUAAAUGACUAAAUGCGAUUGUUUUAAGGCAUACGUGAAAUUUGAAUCCAACUGCACUUUUCCGAACAAAUGCACUGGACUGGCCACCGGGACGUUUUGCACAAUUUGGAGCUUAUUUCAUUCAGCGGGUCUUUGGCGUCGCACACUUUGAGAAUCAGAUUGUGUAAGUAAUCCUAAACAUAAAAAUAAAAGCAAUGCCCCCUGAGAUUGACAAGUCAUACGAGUUAAAAAAUAAAAUUAGAAUAAAGUAAAACCACUCACUCUUUGAAUGACACAAUGUGAGUACCGUAAUUUCCGGCCUAUAGCCGAAAUUUAUGCGGCGAUGCGGCUAAUUUGUGCAUUUUUUUCUAACGGCCACAAGGGGGAAAAGGUAAGAGUCAAACCGGUGGAAUAUAUGUGCCGAGGAAGUGACUUUUACCGGUCCGGCCCUAUACGUUAGAAGUUACAUUAACCCCAACCCCUAACGUUAGCGCUCUGCGAGCGUGUCAGUGAUUUUUACCGGUAUGUUUUUUUUUUUUUUAACUGGCCCUGUUAGCGCAGCGUUAGCAUUAGCAAAGCGCUCGCGUUAAACUCUCUGUGUACCGUCUUUCUUUGUAAAUAUCUCGUGUUUCAAUGUGGGCACUUGCGGCUUUUACACGGCUGCGGCCUACGUAUGUAGCAAACGGUAUUUCCUUUACAAAUGUCCUGGGUGAGGCUUAGAACCAGGUGCGCUCUGUAGGCCGGGAAUUACGGUGCAAUGGUUCAACCCGAGAAUGAAGUCAAAAAUGAAAACUAAAAUAAAGUCAAACUACUCAAGUGUCAAACUUGUUAUACAAGAAGAAAACUCACACAGUAUUGUAAAAAUGUUGUGUAAAAAUACUCGCAACUAGCAGGAAGAUACCACAAUGUAAAACUGGCUUGUACAGUACUCGAAAUAUUUAAAACUGAAGUAAAACUCAUCCAGCUAAGAAUAUCCUGAAUAAAACUAAGCUAAUACAAGAUAAUAAAACUAGAUUCAAAUGUCAUUGCUAAAAUUGACAAUUUGACGUAUUCAUCUUGCAUUCAUCUUAUUGAAUAAGUGGUUACUUGAUUUGUUGUAAAUAAUAAAAUAGAAUCAUAUUAGCGACAUAACCAAUUUUACACAGAGCCAUAUAAAACGUUUUUGAAUGUAUUCAUAACGCCAUCAGAAAUAAUACCAACAAUUAGAAUGAAUUUGUAUUAUUUUACACACAUUUAACUUUCAUUAAUUUAUUUUUAAUCCUGAUAUACAAAUGACUUGCCCUAUUAGGUUAAAAAAAAAUUGUUUUUGUUUUGUUUGUUUGAUGCAGAAGAAGCAGGCUAGCGGUGGCGGGGCGGGACAGCAAAAUAUGAUUUUCACUCCGUAUGUCAAGAGGGCCGCCAUAUUCCCUUUUGAUGAUUGGAAAUUUUGCCUGUGCGUGCGUGGAGCUCGGGAGCUUCCCCUUCCUUGUACACUGUUCAGAUCAUCCGUCUAUUUUUAUGCCUGGGAUGCACAUGUACAUAUGUUCAAUAGUUUAGCGUUUUGACUGCAACCGCAGUCGUCGUCGUAGCGCUUUCAUGUUUAUUAAAUCCAUUUCGAAGUGUGUUGUGAAACCACGUGGACCCCGUUUGGCAUCCUCUUAAUAAAAAGGAAUCCAUUUUUGUCCGAUUUGGUGGGAUUUCAUUGAUUUUAUUUUUUUUUUAAUACUUUUAUUGGACAGGCUCUGGUUUCCAUCCGAAAAAGGCGCACGUUAGCUUGCGUUGACGAAGGCGAGUACGAAGGGUUGUUCCGCUUUACGGUACGCGGGCCCGCCGGUCUCGUGUGUGCCCCGCUUCCCUUGCCAAAAGUCAGAACAGGAUGUUGGCGGUAAAUUAUAUGUACAAUUUAUUACAAAUAUGCACAAACAUGCAAACUAAUAUAUAAUAAUAACAAUGCAAAAAAAAAAUGUUACAAAAAUACUGAUUGGUACAUACAGCAUAUACUGUACUUUAAAGUGUGUAGUUUGCGUGUGUGUGUGUGUGCGAAGGCAGGAAGGACACGUCCGUUGCAUAGCAGAACUUGUUGCUCCAGAUGAGACGGUCACAUGACUCGCGUCCGAGGCAAAAUAGGAAGUCUUGGAUGGCCUCGCGUGAAUCGCCAUAUUGAUCAAAAUGCUUUACUUUGAUCGUAAAUGUCAUUGUCGUGUGUUAGCUUCCAUUAAAAAAAUGGAACAUGAGAAUAUUGAGUGGGAAUGCUUGUCUACAGUAGCACCAGGAAGUAUUCACAACCCAAUUUUGCUAGGUUACAGGGGGUGAAAAAAAAUGUCUACACAAAAUAUCCCAUCAUGACAAAGUAAAUAAUUUUCAUACAGUUGUGCAUUGUGUGUAUUGAAAAUGAAAAUCAAACGAGCUGCCGUACGCCUUGGAGUGCAUUCGUUGACCUUCUGCAUGCCCCUUCAACCCCCGCGAGGGAACACUGGACCUUAAUGAUCUCGGGGUUCUUGGUGUCGUCUCAGGCCGAGGCCCAUUUCCUCCAGUUACUCGGCUUGGUCGGAUGGCCGGAUCCGGGAAGGGUCCCGGUGGUUCCGAACGUCUCCCAUUACCGAAUAAUCGAGACCACCGUGCUUUUCCGGACUAUCAAUGCUGCAGAAAUUCUUUUAUAUCCUUCCUCAACGACUCAACGCAAUUUGUCCUCUGCGGUCGGCGAUGGACCAUUCCGACCUGUCAAACACUUGUACAAAAAUAGCCAAUCAGAUAGCCGCAUUGUCUUGACACGCCCCUCUCGCCCUAUUGUCCCACAAGCAAUGCUGGUUAGUAGCGUGCGCUUGGAAAUUUCAUGUUAUGAAGAAAAUUGUCCUCAGAUGCACUUGGGGAACUUGCAAUUCUGAUGAAAGAUAUCCUGCUAGGUAGAUUCAUUUUCCAAAGCCUAAAACACCGUUGACCAAGGGCCUGCGAUGGAUUAAGUCUCGCCGAAGAGCGCACGUACAACUGAAUGUGGACAAUAUCGACAAACACAAGGCUGUACGUUCGAAGGUAAGUGAGGGAGAAGUAUCUUCUCUGAGUUUGAUUGAAUUAUGAUCAGUGCAGGAGAACAACUUUCACUUUGUUAGUGUAUCACCGAUCUGCUGAAUGAAGCGUGUCGAAGAGUCGGGUUAGGGAUAUGUAAAUGCGCCAUGUCAUACGGGAGAAAUGUCUAUUUUCCUAUUUGUAUUACAUCAGACUUUUAAGACAGAGCACUGGCUUCCAUUACGAGCCAAGUCAAACUUUUUCAUCUGCUGACUACGGUACUGACUGAGUUCAUCACCAUUGUUUAAAUGUAGACAAUCGAACCUAACUCGCUUCUAAAGACUACAAUGAUAUUAGUCGUUAUCUUUCCAAGUAAAAAGUACUCACCCUGCUUUACAUGCGCAGUACGAAUUCCACUAUUUUAUCCUGUUGGAUUUCAAUAUGAAGUAUUUGAGACCAUUUUGCUAUAACUCUGACAUUGCGUCCUGCUCCGUCCAAAAUCUUAAUUCCGUUUACAUAUCCUUGCGUGAAAUAGUUGAGACCUCUCUGUAGAACUCUCUUGGGCAAAUCUGACUGAUUUGGCAAAAAAAAAAACAUACCGCAAUAUUAUCUGGAAUACGCGAUAGAGAAUCGACUUCAAACCUGUUCUGCUCGGUCGCCAUUUUGGAAGCUUGUGGGACAUGGCAAAUGUAGCUAACGGGGGGCGGAGCUCAAGAUCGCCAGUCGGAAAGGUCCGUUCCUUAGACUUCACUGUUAGGUUUCUGCUCUGAUGUGCACUACCAAGUAUGAGAUACAUAGUAUGUAUGAGCAAAAAAUGAUGUACGAUCAACUGAAUUUACCGUCGGUGGACUCCAUUCAAGAUGUAGAAGCAUCUCAAGGCUGCUACGUGGGAAUCGGAUGCACCUGAGCUUAAGUUUGAGUUGUCAUUGGCAGAUGGUGUAUACUACAUUCCAUUUUUUUCAUAUGUGUGUACAAAAUAUGUUUUGACUUUGUCAGUGUGAGAUUUUACGUAGUUUGUUUUGUUUUACAAAAGGUCUGUCACAGCGAAAUGUGAAGGAGUGUGAAUACUUUUGGUGGCACUGUAUAUGUACCCUGCAUUUUGGCUAGUGACCAGUCCAGGGCGUACCGACCCUUCUCUUGCCAAAAGUCAGCCGGGAGAGUUUCCGCUUCUCCUCCGACCUUAAUGAGAAAAAUACCUUCUUAAAAACAUUUCAAAAAUCGAUGAAUGGAUGUGCCCGGCGAUCGAUUAGACUUCACUUCUCUCAGCAAAAGUCAGCUGGGGUCGGUUCCAGCUCACCUGUGACUUUGAAGAAGAAGCGCUCGAGAAACUGGGAGGGUGGACUCCAAAGGCAAAACAAAAGCUAGCUUUUGCUUCUGUGGCUAGCACUGCUAGCACUGAAAUCUCACCUAGUGGGAAUUAUCUCAGCAUACAAUUUAAAAAAAAAAACAAACAAACACUGUACAUAAAAAUCAAGGAUGGAUGAUAAAAUAACGUUUUU